AUGGCCUCCCCCAAGCGCGAUCCGAAUACGCUCAGCAAUUACAACUGCUGGCGUUCUACCCACAUCACCGCCAAUUUUGAUAUCCGCUUCGACCAGAAGCAGCUCGCCGGUAAUGUCGUCCACCGCUUGCGCUCCUUGACCGACGCCGUGUCGCGUGAGAUCAUCCUGGAUACUCGCUACCUUGACAUCGGGUCUGUCUCAGUGGAUGGCAACCCCUCGAAGUGGGAGCUGCUGCCUACCGUAGAGCCCUUCGGCACCCCGCUGAAGAUUAACCUCGAGCAAGGCGUGCAGCAGGAUGGAACUGUUGAAGUGGAUAUCGCCGUCAAAACUACCGAAAAAUGCACGGCGCUUCAGUGGCUGACGCCUGCGCAAACCUCGAAUAAAAAGCACCCGUACAUGUUCUCGCAAUGCCAAGCCAUCCACGCUCGAUCGAUCUUUCCAUGCCAGGAUACCCCGGAUGUCAAGAGCACAAUCGACUUUAACAUCACCUCGCCUUUACCGGUGAUGACCAGUGGCUUGCCGCUCCGGGACACCAAGCCUCACGCCGGGAACGCACUCUACCGAUUCAACCAGACCGUCCCAAUUCCGAGCUACCUGUUUGCCAUUGCUAGCGGAGAUGUGUCCGAAGCUCCUAUCGGUCCUCGCAGCGUCGUGGCCACCAGCCCCGACAAGCUGGAGGAGUGCAAAUGGGAACUUGAGGCUGACAUGGAGAACUUCAUGACCACAAUCGAGAAAAUUGUCUACCCAUACGUUUGGGGUGAAUACAAUGUUCUGAUUCUGCCUCCCAGCUUCCCGUAUGGUGGUAUGGAGAACCCUAUCUUCACGUUUGCUACCCCCAGUAUCAUUUCGAAGGAUCGGGAGAACAUCGAUGUCAUUGCGCACGAACUGGCCCACAGCUGGAGUGGCAACUUGGUCACGAACGCCUCGUGGGAACACUUCUGGUUGAACGAGGGUUGGACUGUGUACCUGGAACGUCGGAUCUUGGCCGCUAUCCACGGUGAAGCCUACCGCCACUUCUCGGCCAUCAUUGGAUGGAAGUCCCUCACUGAUGCUGUGGAACACUUUGGCGACGACCAUGAAUUCACCAAGUUGAUCACUGACUUGAAGGGCAAGGAUCCCGAUGACGCUUUCUCGACUGUUCCUUAUGAGAAGGGGUUCAAUUUCCUUUUCUUCCCUGGAGAACCUCGUGGGAAAGCCCAAUACUUCACAGCCUUCAAGGGUAAAUCACUCGACUCAUUCGAAUUCAAGGCCACCAUCCUCGACUUCUUCAAGUCCGAUGAGGAGGCAUCAAAGCUUCUGAAUGAGCUGGACUGGGACAAAUGGUUCUAUUCGCCCGGUCUACCGCCCAAGCCACAGUUUGACACAUCUCUCGUGGAUGUCGUGUAUGCGCUGGCCAAGCGAUGGGAGACCGACUCCUCUUUCAAGCCGCAACCAAGUGACAUCGAGGGUUUGACAGCAAACCAGCUUGUUGUCUUCCUGGAGCAGCUUCUGCGCUGGGAGAAGCCGCUAAGCCCCGAGCUCUCGCAGCAGCUGGGUGCGGUCUAUGGCCUGGCCAAGAGCGAAAAUAUCGAGGUGUCCAACCUGUACUUCCAGGUUGGCAUGAAGGCUGGUGACCGGAGCGUCAUUGAGCCGACCGUGGAGCUCCUUGGACGUAUCGGCAGAAUGAAGUUUGUGCGACCUUUGUUCCGUAACCUUCAAAAGAUCGAUCGUUCUGCCGCCCUUGCCGCAUUUGAGAAGCACAAGGACUUCUACCACCCCAUCUGCCGUGGAAUGGUUGAGAAAGACCUCUUCGGCAAGAAAUAG